AUGGCAUCGAAAAUCGAACCCAAUCGUGGUGCAUCAGUGCCAGACUUUAUCGCAGUUGGCGAAGGGAAAGAAAUCCUGGCCGAAUGGCAGAAGCGAUGUGGUAUCAAAAAGGAGAAUCAGAUCCGACUGGUCAAACUGAGCCACAUGAGAUACCAGCAUCCAGAUCUUGAGAACAUCACCACUUUCCUGCUCAAUUUUGGAAUGGAAGUAGCUCAGAGAACGGAGGACGAGAUUUGGUUUCGCGGAUAUGGUAGCGACCAGUACGUUUACUACGCCCGCAAGGGACCCAAAGAGUUUCUUGGGGCUGCAUUUCAAGUAGAACGCUAUCAGGAUAUAGAAAAAGCUUCUCAGUUACCAACAGCUGGCGAAAUACAGGAGAUGAAGGAUGCUCCAGGGGGUGGAUACAUUCUCACUUUUUCUGACCCUGAAAAUAUCCCCGUCAAUCUAAUAUUUGGCCAGUCACCUAUGGAACCUCAAGAAUAUCCCGAGAAGCUUAUAAUCAACCACGAAAAUGAGAAACCGCGUGCUCUCAAGUUCCAGCGUUUCGAUCCUGGUCCGGCUGCCGUGCACAAGCUGGGCCACUUUGGCCUAUGUGUUCAACCAUUCCAAGAAAUGGUCGACUUCUACACAGUCAAUUUCAACAUCGCCCCCACUGACUUCCUCUACCUCGAAAAAGACGGAGAAAAACAAAACGUCGCCAUGUUCGCACACAUUGACCGUGGCCAGGACCUAGUCGACCAUCACACCUUCUUCCUCACAUCCAAUCCUACAACCCAUGUUCACCACUGUUCCUUCGAAGUUCAUGAUUAUGACACACAGCACCUGGGCCAUCAGUGGCUCGCAAAGCAAGACUACGAGUCUGUCUGGGGCGUGGGCAGGCACAUUCUCGGGUCACAGAUAUUUGAUUACUGGUGGGAUACUACUGGCAAUAUGAUUGAGCAUUAUGCGGAUGGGGAUUUGGUUAAUGAGAAUACGCCUAUUGGGUAUGGGCCGGCCGGGCAUGAGUCGUUGGCUGUUUGGGGCCCGGAGGUGCCUGCUUCGUUUUUGAAUUAA